AUGUCGAAUUUAGAAACACUCAAUUUGUCUCUUUCGAUUUUGGUUAAACAAGCAUUCAUUGAUGGAUAUAAUUUGAGGAAUAAAAUUGUUAAUCGUAUGCCACGAGUUAAUAAAUUCACAUUCGAUAUUCAUCCGAUUAUGAGUAUUCAAAAUGACAUAGUUAUACCAUCAAAUGAAGACAUUCGAAACACUUUCAAUGACUUUCAAUAUACACAGUCAAUAUGUUAUAUGGAUCACUUUCCAGAUAGAAAGGAAUGUCGAUCUCAUGUAUAUACAUAUCCAUCUCAAAUGUCAUAUUAUCAAUUUAUAUCAAAUCAAUUUCCAGGUGGAUAUGGUGCAGUACUAGUCAGAAUGUUCCGCUUAUGGUCUGGCAAUCAUCAACAGUACAUGCUACUCAAAGUAGCUUCUUCUCAACAGUACGCAUAUGUAUUUGCGGAUUUAUUCAUUGCUUCGAUUGAUAUUGCCAACGGUACAAUUGUCGAAUUAAUUAGCAUGCCGAUUUUUUUUUUGGAUAAGCCUCUAUUCUCCACACUGAUUUGA